AUGUCCUCGUCGAAACACCUCUUUCUCAGUGACGAGGAGCUUGGAAAGAAAUAUGACGACCAUAACCGUCGCGACUCUACAUACGGACUAUCAUUAGGGAAUUUUUGGAGGCGCUUCCCGCGACGAAGGCGCAUCGCCUUAGUUUUCUUCGUUGCCUUCGUCGUUUUCAUAUUUUGCAAGCAUAUACCAACCCGAGUGGGAGAUGUCAGCCAAAGAUCGCAAUUUUUGGAUGAUCCAUGGUUGCGCCCAUCCAGUGAAACCAAUGUUGGAUCGGAGCCAGCUGAAAUAGACAGCACACCGGACGAGGAUGGCAUUAAAUAUUAUCGAGGACCUAUAGAGUUCGAGUCGCUGUUUGAAUCGCUAUAUUCAACUCGUAGCUUGAGUUAUGAUGCAGAUCAGGAAUCUGUUAUCUUUGCAACUGGGCAACUGAAGUCACUAGGCGAUAUGCUCCCCGUCGCAUGCGACAUGGCUGCAAGAAAGCGGAGUUCGGUCCAUCUCGCAAUUAUGGGACGAGACGAGAUCCCCCUUGCUGAUAUCCAGAGAGCUAAUGGAUUCAGAGAGGAGGACUGCCCUGUAACAUGGCACGCUCCUCGAGCUUUCAUUACCCGUGACAUAGAAUUUGAAGAAGCGUUUUUCAUCGACGCAAUUGAGCUUCGGGCCUUUCAGCUGGGAAUAACGCAUAUCAGCUUACCCAGCCCGCUCUCUAAUUUUAAAUGGAUCGCAGAUUUGGAUGCCUUUUCUCUUGAAGCCUGGAAUGACGUACAAACGGAAAUACUCAUUAAUGUCCAACCGAACUCUUCAGGGGGCCCCAGGAAACUACUCAGAUCCCUCCAAGAGGCAGAUUACUUCGGGCCGGCCCCGGGGUUAACAAUUGAAUUGCCUGUUGAUGCUGACCCGACUUUGCUUUACUUUCUCAAAAAUUUUCGUUGGCCGCCCAAGACAGCUCACCGUCAGUUUACUCUUCGGCGAAGAAUCUCACCCUCUGUCCUGACGUCACAAGAGGCUGCAGUCAGAACAGUGGACUCCUUCUACCCGAAGAACCCCAACCUUUCCCAUGUCGUUCUGGUUUCUCCAGACACAGAAUUGGCCCCCUCAUUUUUUCAUUUCCUCAAAUAUUCCCUCUUGAAGUAUAAAUAUGGCGACAGUGAAGAUUCGCCAGGUCACCUGUUUGGCGUAUCCUUAGAGCUACCCUCUUCUCGUCCAACAGACGGGAAACCAUUCUCAGUACCCAGGACUAUAUCAAGUCCCAAAGGACAGUCAGCUGAGAUUCCAACAUUGCUGUGGCAGAUACCUGACAACAAUGCUGUACUGUAUUUUGGAGAUAUGUGGGCAGAAUUCCAGUCGUUCCUGUCCCACCGACUAUCUACAUCUAUACAAAAGAAAGGAAAGGAUGUCCAUAAAGUUAUCAUGAAAUCAUACCCUUCAUGGAUGGACUAUAUGCUUGAAUUCAUGCGUGCUCGUGGUUAUUACCUUGUCUACCCGGCAUUUGCUGCCCAAGAUGAUCUCGCCAUAGCGACGGUCCAUAAUGAGCUACACCGGCCCCCCGAGGAAUAUGACGACCCCAAUCAAAGACAAGUGAAACCGAACUUCGAGGAGAAGGAUCUCGCUCAUUCUCCUUCAACCUUGUCUACGUUAUUGGACGUCUAUCCAGGAAUGCUUCCAGACAUCCGCGAGCUUCCAGUGCUGCCAUACACAGGGGAACUAACGCACGAUGACGAAUCCACAAAUGAACAAGUUUCGUUUCUACAAACGUUUAGGAAAGAAAUAGGUGGCUGUACCAACAGUGACGAGAAGCCGGAGAGCGUUCCGCUCAAAGCUGAUGAUCUUUUUUGCAUUGAAGAGGAACCAAUAUCCAUAGAGGGCGUCGAAAUUUCUGCUUAG